GCUGCCAGGUUCAAAACAAGAGUAUCCAUCUUCUGCCAACAUAACUUGAUUUCCUGCUGGGUAAAGGAGAGGAGAGUAUUCCUAGAAGCAACAGAACCAGUUACAGGAAUGGACUGCCAUUUUUCUGUCUGGGGAGUCUUGGCCUUCCUGAGUUUGGCUCUGCUUGUUUCAGUGACACUGAAUAUUGUACACUGUAUGAAAAAGAAGCAAUCUAAAAUACUUAAACACUAUGAAGAGAACGAUCCAAGCUAUGAUGGCUAUCACACAGAAGAUUAUCCAGUUUACGGCAAUCUCAAUCAAGAUAUUUUAGAAGAAUGUUGUUACGAGCAGAUGAAGUCCCAGCCUCAAAGAACAGUUAACCAGCUACAGGUGGAGCCUGCCAGUCAGAUGUGUUAUGCCUCACUUGAUCACAGUGUCAAGGGAAAAUGCAAAAAACCAAGGAGAAAGAAAGAUCCUUCAUUAGAGGAAGAUGAAGGAGAAAGAUCAUCUAAUGCCAUGGUGGCUUCCAAAGUUAGCAUUUACCUCAAUAGUGAGCAGCUGGCUGCCGAAAACACGGCGAAAGUAGAAGCCAUUCAUGAUGAUCCCAUCAGAUUAAUGGGCUUGAUUCAUAAUACAAAGGGGGAGAACCGAAUAUGUAAUGAACCGAAUAUGUAACCAUAAAGUAAGAUUUGCUUUUUCAUUCUGGAGGAUCAAUGAUUGAUCAGAGAAAAUAUUCCAGAAAGCUGACAUACUAAACCAUGGUAUGAAAUGGGUAACUUAAGUGUUCCAAACUGUCUGCCAAGCACAUUUAUAGACUAAGCAAGACAUAGGUCCAGACUGCCACUCAGAUGGAUCUGCCCUUCUGAAGACAAUCUGAAAGAGUUGCAGAAGCUGGUAGCUCAGCAUUCAUGUGGUAGUGAUUCCAGUAAGAACUGAUCCCAUUUUAAACAAUUAUCAGCUUUCAAGCAGUCCUAAAAGACCCCCUUGUUGUCUAUACAGCUCUAGCAGAGUACAACUAUUCCAUAUUAACUUCAAUACUUUUGAAAUGAGAUUGUGUUUCAUACUUGCACACUUGGUGAUUAGUUGUUUUACCAAGAACUGAUCUGCUGUUACACACUGUGAACUUUCUGACUGUGACUGGUCUAUGGCAAUGACUGGAGGAUAAUUUAACAGCUGAUUUAAAGUAGUAAUUGUACAUUUCAAAAGACUUAGCAGUAUCUUUAUGUAUUUUUAGUUUCCUCUAACAGUACUAGAAUACAUCUCA